UUUUUAUGUUAGAAUGAGAGAUUUGAGAAAAGGUUCUAACGGGAGUUGAACAUAUUUAAAGUUGGGCUCAGUCGCAUUUCGAUAUCGUUCAUUUAUUUACCUGUCAUGAUUUCCAUUCCGAGUUAUUGUGGAUUGGAAGUAGGUUUCAUCUAAUCAUACUCUCCAUAUUCGCGGGCUUGUCGGGGUUUGAUGAGUCUGAAUGAAACAUCGCAUCAAGGAGACGCAUUGACUCCAGUGGGCGUCAUCAAUUUCAAAAUGAUAUAGGCGGGGCAUUGUGAAGAGAUUUACAGCACCAUGUACAAUCGUGAUCGUUUGAUUAUUACCGUUAUAAGGUUAGGCUUACUGGCAAUUUUGCUCAUUUUCUAAGUUUGUCGUUGCAUAAAUGAUGUUGAAAAUUAAUAUCUAGUCUUUGGCAUCAUAUAGUUCACCAUUUAUUUUUUUAUGAUUCUUUACUAGUCUAAGCAAUGUUUUUGUAUUUCAUUUGGAUUGUCAACUGGCAUCUGUUCGCUGACAAUAACUCGGAGAUCGUACAUUUUGGUUUUGCUUGAGAGUUUGCUUGUAGUUUCAUUGCAAUUUUCCUCUUCGCAACUCCCGCCCGUUAUGGUAUUUAUUGCUCCUUUUGUGUCUCCCCGGCAAAUACACGAGGACGCCUAUCCCCAUGUCUACAAUUAGAGUUGAAAUUACUUGUUAUAUAUUUCCAGGUCAGUGAUAAAUAGGCCCCGGGUCAAUAAGUCACUCAAUUAUUCAACUUCAUCACAUAAGUAUUUUUCUUUUUAAUAUAUCUUUCACGUCAAUGACAAAUCAUCACGAUACUCGUUAGCCAGUAUAUCAUAUUUUUUAACGAUUCAUGUGUUUUUGUUAUGAUUCAUGUCCGUGCUAUGCUGCAGUAAAUAAAAUGGGCAAUUAAACAGGUACAGAUACUAGAAUACCUAUUUAAUAAUGGGCACAAUAAUAUAUUUUAGUUGACAGGUAAAGUUUUAUGUGACGUUGAAAGACUAAUUAUAAUGCCAAGAUGUUAAAAUUUCCAUGUCUGUUCUGUAUGUAAGCGCCUGACUAUGAAUAUUCGGUCUUCCAGUUCUUGUUUUUUUCAUAUUUUCUUAUGUGUUUUUACAAGAUUUUACAAAUAAGGACUUUUAGGAUUAUCAUUUAGACAUUGAAUAUGUGCAAACGACUCUAUGUGUUGUUUGCACUUUUAAUUUCCUGUAUUAAAGAAGUGUAUCUAUGCCCGGGAAAAUGUACGUGCACCGACAUCAGUACGAACUGCAGUGGAACUGGCCUGACUUCUUUUCCUGCUGAUUUACCAGAAUCGACGAUCCGUAUAGAAUUGCGUUAUAAUAAUAUUUCAUCUAUCGUGGAGGACGAUUUUAAGGGCCUGAAAAAUUUAAUCUCACUCGAUCUGAGAUUUAACAAGCUGAAGAACAUCGGAGAUGAAGCUUUGUUCAUUUUAGAUAAUUUGGAAAUCUUGAAUCUUGAUCACAAUGAAUUAUUGAUGUCAGAUGCCGGCAUGUUCGUUUAUGUCGAAUAUUCACUUAUUAAUCUAACUGUAAGUCACAAUGAAAUGGCGGGACAGCUGUCCCGGGAUAUAUUUCAGUACAUGAGUAAAUUGAAAUAUUUGGAUUUAAGUUUCAACAGUAUAAAGUCUAUACAAUCGAGAAGCUUUCCUGAGUCUCUAACGUAUUUGGAUUUGAGCAACAAUCCGAUUGCCUCUAUGGCAAUAGGCGUUUUCAGAGAUCUGGAAAAUUUAGUUUAUUUGGAUAUGCGCGAAACCCAACUGAAAUCCGUUGCUAAUUAUUUUGCUGAUUGCAUUUCGCUCCAUACAUUGCUGUUAGGGGGAUACAAUCUUGCAUCAAUGUCGCAAGAAUCACUCCAAGGUCUACAUAAUUUGGCUACGUUGUCGUUGGAAUAUACCAGCUUACAUAUACUGCCAGACAAUGUUUUUCUUCCCACUCCAAACCUGAAUGUGCUGAGACUUGAGGGUAAUAAAAAGUUGACAAUAACGACAAAUAUAAUAUCACCAUUGACUAAUUUAACAGUGCUAUAUUUUGAAGACAAUGGCUUUAUUGACUUGUCGUUUGUUAAUGUCCUGAGAACGCUUGAAGCACUAUUUAUAAGCGGUAAUUCUCUUACGUCCAUACCUGCACUGGGUAAUUUAAAAAUACUCAAAAUUUUGGAUAUUUCUCGUAACGUUGUAAAAAGGUUGUCGUUGGAUUGGCCGUUAAAUGAACUUGAAAUGUUGAAUUUAUCCAGCAACUCCAUUAGCGAUGUGGACAAAUCUUUCUUUUCCAAACUUCCUGGGUUGCGUUCUGUUGAUUUAACAAGUAACGUAUUAACUCAUCUUGUAUCGUCGUGGUUUGUGAAGAAUGACAAACUUAAAGAAAUUAUUACAGGCAAUAAUCCAUGGACAUGUGAUUGUUUAAUGAAAGAAAUACAUGGAUAUCAGCAAAUAUCAAAAUUUUAUGCGAUUUGCGAUGCAAUCGGAUCAUUCAUUAAAGGUGGCAUCGUCAGCACAGAAACGUUUUGCAUUCGCUGUCAAAGCCCGUUUCAAUACAAGGGAAUAUAUUUUGAUAUGGUACCAUCGGAACAUUUCGAAUCAUGCUCGGAUAAUAACGCAAAUCUAUUAACUACAGGAAAUUUACUAAACUCAACCUUUAAACCAACUGUUGAUUAUCAAGCAUCUCAACAAGUUAUAAACUCUCUAAUUCCCAUCAUUUGUACAUUAGUUAUGCUUUCAAUGCUCGGAGGUAUUGCUUAUUUCAUAAAGAAAAAGGAUAUGAGAAAGACAAGUAACGAUGCUCCACCACUCCCCAAACCAAGGACAAUUACCAACUCGACAAAUCUUCCAGUGGACGAUGGUUUUGAACAAUCGUACGCAAUGGCAGAUUUAGGAAAAUCAAACAACUUGAAUUCUGCUAUUUAUAAUGAGUGUGAUUUUAACAUGACGAAAUUCAAUCAAUCUUAUGAACACGAUACAGCGCCUUCAUGCGAAAAUAUAUAUGAACCUAUUGAUUUUCGUAUUCCUCAGACAACGUGUAAAAACUCAAAAUGUGAUGUAUCACAGAAACCACUCGAUUUCCCUACUGAUAUAACACAUACAAUGCCGAGUGUUUCAAACGAAUAUGAGGACGUACCUCGUCGCCUUAAUACCGUUGACUACUCCAAUAGUAAUCCAUAUAUUCUACCUUCCUCUGUACCUGCGCCUAGUUCAAUUCCACGUGCUCAAACUGUAUUAGAAAGUCCUUAUUUGACACCGUCUCUUGAUGCGAACUUAUAUGAUUUACAUGCACCACCUCCACCUCCCGAUCAGGAUGAGUUUGAACACAAUUCAGAAUCGGCGUAUGAAACGACUCCUAAUGCCUAUCUUGAGUUUAAUGCUACUUAGUAUGUAUUUUCUUUUUUCACAAUAAAUAUUCAGUAAUUUCAAAAAUAUGAUAAUGUAUUUAAGAGA